AUGGACACAGAUGCUCGAUAUUAUGCGCCGGAAACUUAUGAAUAUGGGAAUUUCUCGGAUGAUCAAAAGAAUAUGGCAUGUUCAAGUACUGAUGAUAUUUCACCAUUGGAAAAUGAUCAUUAUCCACCAAAAGUUACAACUACUGAGAAAUCAUUUGAUCCAAGAUUACUUGUGUUGUUAGAAUAUUUCAGGGAACUCUACGAACGAAAAGGAGACUUGUUCAGGAAAAUAUUUCCAGGAAUUCAUGACGAGUUUGUCGAAUUUUCCAAGAAAAUUGGCGAAUUGUCGUCCCACAUGAAAUCUCAUGAUCAAAUGAGAGGUGUGAGAACUAUGCAAAGGAGUUUAAGCGUUGGUUCGCCACGCACUCGUGCCAUAGAAGGCGAUGAAUCGCCAUUGAGGCUUGAACGGUUUAAGAUUCGGACGGUAAUUCUGGACGGAAUUUCCCAGGGUGGUGGCCAAGGUGGCAGUCAGCAGGGUGACAGUAACUGA